AUGGUCUCAACCAGUGCUCUUGCUCCUACUUGUGGAGCUCAAUGUGUAUCUUCUGGACUAGGCCACCAUUUCGUCAGCCCGAAGAAACCCAGAGAUAAGAAAAAAACUCAGAAACAUGUUGAGUUACCUGGCGUGCAAGCCAAACACCGUCAACUGCUAGCUCGUAUGCAGCAACUGAUGAACCCCAAGCCCAAACAGAGUAAAGUUCAUGCUGUAGAUGCAGUUGAAACUGUCUCUGACACCAGUCAAACUGACACUUUGGCCGAAAUUCCUGAUCCAGACUUCGAAAUUCCAUCAGAACCUCCUUCCGACAUACUUGUAGAAAAAUCUCCAGUCAAACGUCGCAUUUUGCCUGACAAGGCUACGGAUUCGUCGUAUAGCAGCUGGAAAACACUGAUACCCUUCCUUGUCGAACCUCAUCUCAAAUAUUCAGCACGAACACUAGCGACAGCACUGGAGAUCACCCCCAAGGUUUCUUAUCUACGACUUUACACCAUGUUGACAAAUGAACACCAUUCAGGAUUUACGUCUAUCAAUGUCCUCAGUUGUAGAUGCUCCAUGCUUCCCCAAGUGCUGCUUCACCAUGGUCUAUUUCCAACCGCUCCCUCACAACCUCGUAUGGCUGUCUCCAUCGAACUGCUAUCAUUCUAUCGGGCACUUUUCGAAUGGUCCUGUGAUGCCAUCAAUGCCUUAGCGUCGGCUCUAAAAAUGCACUACUCUCGCAGAGGUUUUGUCAUGACAGACACCCGAGGGGAAAUUAUUCAGGAUCCUUUUCGUCGAGGCCUGGGCUAUGCCGUACAAUGGUACGACAUUCUUCAAGUCCAAAUAGAACAUCAAGUCGAAGAAGCCCUGCAGAAUAGCCGUGACCGGGUGGCGACCCUUUGUCCUCAAACAGAGGAUCACGUCUCCACCUCGUCACCUUUGUCUACCCUACGUAGAGGCCGCUGUGCACCCAUACUUAUUCAAUGGUGUCCUGCAUGUUUCGGAGGGACGAUGUUUGGGAAACCUACUGCUGACGGAGGAGACAUUCACACUGCCACAGAUGGCAACUUCCACCACCGCCAUCGGCGUGCGGCAGGGGAUUGCCCCCACUUUUAUGACCCCACUUAUUUCCUUCCAAAACAGUAUGUUGAUGAUGUCGGCCGCCGCAUAGAGGCCCAACGUAAGAGGCCUGCAAAGUCAGCUGUACCCCUCGUUCCUGAUGAGGCUAUUGACCAAUGUGAAACAGCAUACGAAGCAGCCGAUGGGAAAAAACAGAAGGCAGCAAUGGAUAGCUUUGAUGAUACUGGCGUCAUGGCACUCAUAUGUCAUCAUGAUAUCCCUCUUUUUUUUGCUAAUAUCGACUCUCCGGGAGAACAGCAAAAAUAUUUGGUGGCCCUCCUGGAACAUUUGUUCUCAUUGAUCCCACCUUAUGCUACGGUUGUAGCUUUGUAUGAUGUCGGGUGUGUCCUUGCCCGAUCCCUUAGCAAGUAUGACAUUCUCCCUGGCAGUAUCAUCUCAUGUUUGCGCUUGGCAACCACUGCCAUGCAUGCCUACGGGCAUGAGUGGGCAUGCCGGCUAGUGUACAACCCACGCAUGUGUAUUGGGCUGGAGGUCGUCAUCGGUACGCCUUCUUCAUUCUUGUCAUUGAUUCAAGUCUUAUUGCAUAACGCUGCAGCUAUAGGAUCCGAAAUGCAAAGUGACUUAGGUGAUUGGAUUCGACGACGCCUCAAGCGUGGUGUUAAUGACCAGGGAACUGCUGCCCAAGAGGCGCUGGAUCAAUGCGAACUUUCUGUUAAUGAUCUCGAGUCAGAAUGGUCUCAGCAACGAAGCUCGCAGCUGUCAGUCUGCGCACACGCCCCUGCUCGCCUUAAAAAGGAGUUAGACACUGUAUUGACCCUACAGGCCGACCUUGAUACCUCCGAUACAGCACUACAAUCCACCAGGCUCAUGCUCGAGAAAGGAACUGCCUCACAAGACACUCUCGAGGCUCUUGAGAGAGGUCACAAUCGUCUUAUGGCCAAAGUCGAAGUUUUAUAUGCAUCCCUCAAUAUUCACGACCAAUUCCCUGAACUAGAAGGCAUCAAUUUAGACUUUGUUCAGCUUCUUCUGAUGGCGCAUGACUUGAAAAUGAACAUCCACAAACGGGCAAUCGCAAGCUUUUUUGAGUGGGAUAAACUUGACUGUGCGGUUGGCGGUGCUCAACAGGCGUUAGGCACAAAACUACAUCAACAAACCCGAAAAGCUAUUGCGAAACGCCAACCCGCUCUGUUGACUGCACUCAGGAAGUUUAAUGCUUACUGUGAGCGCUUAGAAGUGUUAUAUGACCCUUCUUGGGGGAUUCCUUUACCUAAUCCUCUCCCGACCAAGCUUGCAGAGCUACGUAGUGAUCCCAAUCUAAUGGAAGACGUGUGGAUUAUGCCAUCGACAGGACAAGUUCCUCGAUGGUUGGAAGAUGCUGAUGUCAGAGACGGCAUCCAUGCACUUCUGAAACAUGAGCGCUGCCGAGAAGAACAGAAGCGACUCGGUAUCGAGGCAGACAAUCUUUGUCGUUUCUUUGGGGAGGAACUUGCUGCACUCGAGCUUGCACUCCGCACACCAGGAUCCUCUUCACUUCGCUUCACGUCCUGUGCCAAGGAUGCGCUGGAGAUUGCCAUCACCCUUUCAGGUGGUGUCCAAUCGCCAAACGUGCACUGGCUCAGCACUACGUUACUGGAAGUACCUGAUCCUGAGGGAGAACUCAGUGAUGUUGAGUUUGCUGAGCCUCUUGACCUGCCAGUAGUUGAAUUUGAACAUGCCGCUCUCGCUGAUGUUCUAGAGGAUGAUUUGGGUUGA